CUAUAUGCUUUUUCUCUUGUGGUUUUUUAAGCUUUCAUGCUUUUUAAUUACCAGAAAUUCUCUGUGCUGUUCACUUCUUUUACUUUUUCAGAAGAAUAAAGACAAUCUAGCUAUAGAAGCCUAAAAGAAAGUAAUUGGGAGAGAUAAUUUUAAACAGCUGGUUUAUUUAUUUAUUUAUUUAUGUCGCCGUGGUUGUGGUGAGGUGUAGUAGCUAUGGAAAGAAUGUACGGCGGCGGCGGCGGUGGUGGUUUGAUGAUGACCAGAGACUCAAAGCCACGGCUGAGAUGGACUUCUGAUUUGCAUGAUCGUUUUGUUGAUGCUGUCACUAAGCUUGGUGGCCCCGACAAGGCUACUCCGAAAUCUGUAUUGAGGCUAAUGGGAUUGAAGGGAUUGACUUUGUAUCACUUAAAGAGUCAUUUACAGAAAUAUAGGCUUGGACAACAACAACAACAAGCCAAAAAACAGAAUGUUCUUGAUCACAAUAGAGAGAACAGUGAAAGUUCUUAUGGGCAUCAUAACAUGCGUAUCGCAAGCACGAGCGCUAAUUCAUCGAGCAUGAAUAGUGAACAAGGAGACAUUCCGAUUGCCGAAGCACUUAGGUGUCAGAUUGAAGUGCAGAAAACACUGCAACAACAGCUUGAGGUGCAGAAGAAAUUGCAAAUGAGAAUAGAAGCACAAGGGAAGUACUUGCAAUCGAUACUCGAAAAAGCUCAACAUAGUCUUUCUACCGACAUAAACCAGUCCGAAAAUCUGGAAUCGACUAAAGCUCAAUUAACCGACUUCAAUUUAGCCCUCUCAAAUUUCAUGCAAACAAUAAACGGAGACGAAAUAAAUGGAAAUAAAGAAGCACGUGAAACGAGAGACGGCCAUAUCAAGCUUGAAACCGAAGGGCCUUCGAUCGAGUUUGAUUUAAAUUCAAGAAGUAGCUAUGAUUUCAUCGGCAUCAAUAAUCGAGCAGUACUUGAAGCUAACCAAUUCCAAAAUAGAUGAGUUUUUUUUUGUUACUUUGAUAUAGUAGACAAUAAUUGAUCGAAUAAAAGUAUUAAAUUGGUCAUAUAUCUAAGUAGCGGUUUAAGUAGUCGUGCAUGCGUGUGUAUUCGACUUCUGGAUAAAGUGUAGAAGCUUCUUCUC